UCUAAUAUGGCAAUAAAAAUCAUUAUCUACAUUAAAACUUCUUAUAGUUCAUAAAUUAUUUCAAAUCCAUCAUCUCUUUAAAUCCUGCCUCCUUUUCAUGAGGUACUUAGGAUAGCCAUUAUUUCAGUUUCACAUAGGAAAUGUUUACUCAAUGUUUAAGUGUUUUGCCACAAAAUUCACAACUAACAAGGCAGAACUAGGACUUGAACCUGGAUCUUUUGGUUCUUAAUCCAGUGAGUGAUACAAUUCAAAGCACUCCCCCGCCAAAAAAAAAAAAAAAAAAAAUUGACAUCUUUACAGGCCGAAAAGGAAUAAAGAUUUUCUAAGAAGAGCUUUUAUUAUUGGGAUUGGCACAGUGAUUUCCAAAUAGCCAUUGUAAGGCCAAAUAAUGACAGCACUUUAUCCUGCUUGUUUCUCCACAGGAAUAUGAGAUGCUGUUUUUAAUAUUAUCUCCAAUAAUUCUCCUGAGACAGAACUGUCCAUCCUGAAAUUAAGCCUGAUAUUUCCUAGCUCUGGGGAGACAUGGGUAUAGGUUCUUUAAAGCAGACCCUCAGUUAAGUUCCACCUCCAGGCAGGCCUUUGCAGGCCCCCGGCCCCUGUACUGUGAAUUAGAGGCAGAAGCUUCACUUUGCCCUCCUGUCUAGAGUAAGCUUAAAUAAGAUGAGUUCUUUCUUGCCCAGGAAUUCUGCAGGCAGUCUGAGUUGAGUCUGUAAGAAUGCCCAUAGGGUGCCACACAUCCCUUUUAGAUGAGCAUGAGCAAGGAAGAUGACCUGUAGGGAGAUUUUUUUUCCUUGUGUUAGAAAUGCUUGUUGUCUGGUGCCAUAAAGAAACAGCACUUGGACGUAAAUUUAAUUUCCUCAGCAAGGCCAUUUUUACUUUCUGCAGAAAGGGUACACUCGCCAGCAGUUUUGCCAUGAGAGUACACCGAACAAAGGAGACAGGGUCAUUUAUAACCUGACGCAUCCACCUUACUGCUGUGUCCGGUUUCCAUUGGCUGGAACAGGACCUCGCAUUCUGUAUUUGUGCUGAUUGGCUAGCGACUUAGAACUUUUUAAAAGAGGCAAAGGCAGAGGAGAACAAAGGAAGGAGGAACUAACUUGUGGAAUGCUGAGAAAGCUCUCAAAGGGGAAAACAACUGCAGAGGAUGGGAAAUGCUAUACUGCCACGCCUGGAAACACCCACAGGAAAAUUACCAGUUUUGAGCUUGCUCAACUGCAAGAAAAACUGAAGGAGACAGAAGCAGCCAUGGAAAAAUUAAUCAACAGAGUGGGACCUAAUGGUGAGAGCAGAGCACAGACUGUGACUUCUGACCAAGAGAAACGGUUGCUACAUCAGCUCCGAGAAAUCACCAGGGUCAUGAAAGAAGGAAAAUUCAUUGACAGAUUUUCUCCAGAGAAAGAAGCUGAGGAGGCCCCUUACAUGGAGGACUGGGAAGGUUACCCUGAAGAGACUUACCCAAUUUAUGACCUUUCAGACUGUAUCAAGCGUAGGCAAGAAACAAUCUUGGUGGAUUACCCUGACCCAAAAGAACUUUCUGCUGAAGAAAUAGCUGAAAGAAUGGGAAUGAUAGAAGAGGAAGAAUCAGAUCAUUUGGGUUGGGAAAGUCUGCCCACUGACCCCAGAGCCCAGGAAGAUAAUUCUGUUACCUCGUGUGAUCCAAAGCCAGAAACAUGUUCCUGCUGUUUUCAUGAAGACGAGGAUCCUGCUGUCUUGGCAGAGAAUGCUGGAUUCAGUGCAGAUAGCUACCCUGAGCAAGAGGAAACCACCAAAGAAGAGUGGUCCCAAGACUUUAAAGAUGAAGGGUUGGGCAUCAGCACCGAUAAAGCAUAUACAGGCAGCAUGCUGAGGAAGCGUAACCCCCAGGGUUUAGAGUGAAAACAGCCAGUCUGAAGUAUCCAUUACUGAAGUCCCAAGGUGACCUCUCUCUCCUCAGAUUUCCUUCUUGGCCCUGUGCCCUGCACUUUCUUCACUGUGUUCAAGUGUCAUAGCUAUCAGGCCACUAUCAUGGAUAUCAUGUAUCCUUCCUGGUGCUCACACACCUGUCACCUUGUAAAACACGGACAUUAGUGUGAACACAGGACAGCUUCGCUCUUUCUCUUCCUGCCUUUCCUCUAUCAGAGAAGUUGAUCCAUUAAGUAAUUAUGUUUGGUCUAUUGUAAUUACAGAUGGGACCACUCAGGGGCAAAGGUCUGACUCUUCCUGGUAGGUGUAACAGAUAGUUCACCUGUGAACGAACAUCAGCUUACAGAUGAUGAGGACUUAAGGUUGCAAGAAUGAAGAUUUCAGACUCCAAGAUCCCUUAUUCUUUGGGCCUUGAGCAGGUUAGUAGUCCCCUGGUGAGAAGAGAACAUUUUAUUUGUGGGGCUGAUGGGCCCAGAGGAGGGUAAGACUCUGCUGUCUAAGCUGAAGCCUCUUCCUUGCAGUGAGGGUCUUCCUAGGAACAUUGAUGCUGCCUCAGACAUCCUCUUUUCUCCAGAGUAGGGAAGACUCCCACUGAUCUGAGAAUGAGCCCAGAGGUUUGCUUGGGGACUGUUUUACUCUGAUACUACCUGGAUAUCUAGCUUCCUUUACCCCUGUUCUGCUUAACAGAACUGCCAAGCCCAGAAGUACCUUUGCACUCCUGGUUUUCAGUGGACAGAGGAAGCUUUAGAUAGAGACUUUAGACCCUGCCCUGCAGAGUCAAGACUUGAGGCCACUGAAGCUGCAGGAAGCCCUGCCCAGGGAUGGUCCUGCCAUGAGGAGGCUGCAACCCUAUAAGAGGGCUCAAGAUUGUGAAUUCUGCUCCUGCCAUGAGGAGCUCAGAAGGCCAGGAAGCCAGCAAUAGGGGAGAGAAUCUGUGUGCUUAUGGACAGUCCUUACCUAAAGCUGUUUCUGAAUGUUGCACCCUUUGAGAAAUUUCUUCUCAGAACCAUAAAUUGAAACAGAAAUGAGGACUGAUCUUGUAUACAAAGUGCCAACUCAAGAGGGAAGUUGGAGUAUGUCUGUUGCAGAGAACCAAUAUAGCAGUGCCCAGGGGUAGAGACCAAGUGUUCCAUACUCGGAUAUUUGGGUCUUUUGAGAGAGCUGGGGAAAGUAGCAGCAACUAGAUUAAGACUGGGAGGAUUCUGACCAAACUAAAGGCCUUUUCUCCUUACUGCAUCUGACGCGUGUCUUCUUGAGACAAGAUAGCACCCAUGAAUUACAUCAUGAGGUAUGUGUGAAUUCAGUUUACAUGUAAGACCUGAGAGUUUGAAGAGGGCACAUUCCCAAAGACAUUCCCAGUCAUGAAAUGUAGAAGACUGGAAAAUUAAGACAUUAUGUAAAGGUAGAUAUGGCUUUUAGAGUUACAUUAUGCUUGGCAUGAAUAAGGUGCCAGGAAAACAGUUUAAAAUUAUACAUCAGCAUGCAGACUGCUGUUAGAAGGUAUGGGAUCAUAUUAAGAUAAUCUGUCAGCUACUACUAGGCAUUUAUUGUUAAUUGAGUUACAGAGAAAAGUCAUUCAAGACUGAGUUUAUAGAAAGUAUAUUGCAUCUAUCUCUGUGUAGAACAUUUGAUUCACAUUGUGAAGAAUGCAGUUUAAAAUAUACUGAAUGCAAUCUAGAUGUAUUGUACACUAAAGGUGAAAAAUAACAGGUGCUCUUUACUGUUUCGAUAAA